AUGAAUUCUUUACAAUAGCUUUACCUCUAAGCUAUAAUUAAACAUUAGGAAUAAGAGAAGGUGAAGUAAGAAGAACAAGUCUCGAAAUAAAGUCAAGAGGUAUCAUCUUAUAUAUUAUAAUUAGAUUCUUAAAUAGCAACAACUCCUUUCAUUAAUAUCAUGCUCUCCUAACAAUCUUAUGGAAAAGUAAUAAUUUAUAUUUAUAUUUCAGAAAAGCUUAGUCUCUAAUUGAUAUUCAAAAUAGAGUUACCUAAUACUUUUAAUAAUAAGUUCUGAGAAAAUAAGUUGUAACCAUUCAAAACUGUAUUGAAUACCAUUUACCCUAUUUUCUAAAUGUAUUGGGCAAUUUGAUCAUUCAUGGAUUGGAUUAAAUAUAAGGAGAAACAGAACAAAUCUCUUUACUUAAGGCUCAAUACAUUACACAACCAAUCAGAAUUACUAUGAGUAGUUCUUUAUUUUAAACACUUUCUCUAAUGUUGAGAUCUUAACUUGUAUAAUAUGAUAAAGGUAAAUCUAAUUAUUUCUAUCAAUUUAGGUACAUAAUACCUUUCCAAAUUCUUAAUAUUUAGAGAUGACUUUUGUGAUAUUUUCUUUAAUACUCUAUAUUAAUAUUAGAUAACAUCAAACUAAUAAGUGAGUUAAUAAUUGAGUUUUACUUAACUUAAUUCUAUGAUUAAGAAAAUCCCUGAAGAUAUUUGGGGAACCUUCAUAUUUAAAAUGCUUAGCCAAUAAUAAUAAAAAUUGAACAAGGAUUAAUUCUUGGUUUAAUUUAAUCAAUACACAGUUAAUAUGAACAAUUUCUUUAAAAAAUCCAAUUUGAUUUUUGAUGUUGUAGAAAAUACAGUUAAAUAAACUGCUUAAAUGCACAAUGAUUCAAUAUUUUAAGAAGUAUUCAAUAUAUUAUAUAAUAGUAUCUCUUAAUUAUGGGAAGUUUCAAAGCAACUACAUAAGACUUUCUAAAAAAAGCUACUAGUGUAUAUUUUGAAGAACAGAAUGAUGAGAUUGAUAUAAAUGAAUUCAACAUAAGAACAUAAAGAAUACACAAAUAAAUGAAUUGUUCUAUCCUAUACUUACUACCAAUGUUAUUGUAAAUAGAGAGUCAUAUGAUUGAUAUGAUACAAUAGGAUAGAUAUAAUGAGAAUACUUAAGUCAAGAAUAGUUGCAAUUAUUAUUUGAAAAUGAUAGAGAAAUUGAAAAAUAAAUGUGUAUAUAAUGGAGAAGAAGAAUGUAAUUGCAAAAAAUGUCAAUGUGUUAGAAGAAAUAGGAAUUCAGCUAAAGAAUCUUAAAAGAAGAAAAGAGAAGCUCUAGAAAAGAUAGGACCAUUAUAGGAUGCCUAUGAAUAAUUACAAAAGAAAGUAUUAAUUAAUUGUUACAAUUAGGUUAAAGGUAUUGAAAAUGAAAAUGAGACUCUAAGAUAAUUAUUGACAGAGGUGUUUAAACAUCCAACUGUUUCAAUUUUAUCACCAGAAUUCAUUGAACCAUUGACAAAGGUUAUUUAAGAUACAGAUCCUGUAUAACAUUCAAGUUCAUUUGAAUGUUGAUU